UUUUUCUCUCUCUUUGUCUAGCUUUCCGCAGUUUUUAUUUCUCAUCUCAGGAAAACAAAAACAAAAGUCUCCUCUUCAGUCUCUUCUCUACCACCUCUCAUUUCAUUCCACCAAAAGAAUCAGAACCCAAACAAAACUACUCUACUACUCACAUAUUUUAAAAGAAAAAAAAAUCUGAGAGAGAGAGAUCAAAGUAGGAGAGAGAGAUCAAAGUAGGGUUUCGAUUUUGUUGUUGGCGGCGUAAGUGUGGAAUUUCGCACAACGGAAGGGGACGAAUGGACCCUGCAGUGUUGGACAAGAUAAUCGAAAGGCUAAUCGAAGUCCGAUCGACGAAGCCAGGGAAGCUUGUUCAGCUUUCUGAGUCUGAGAUCAAGCAGCUUUGUGUUGCCUCUCGAGAUAUCUUCAUCCAACAGCCCAAUCUCCUCGAACUCGAAGCCCCCAUCAAAAUUUGCGGUGACAUUCAUGGGCAGUAUAGUGAUUUGUUAAGGCUCUUCGAGUAUGGUGGUUUUCCUCCUCAAUCCAAUUAUCUAUUUUUAGGGGACUAUGUAGACCGUGGCAAACAGAGUCUGGAAACAAUAUGCCUCUUGCUUGCGUAUAAAAUUAGAUAUCCAGAGAACUUCUUUCUUCUCAGGGGAAACCAUGAAUGUGCUUCUAUUAAUCGCAUCUAUGGAUUUUUUGAUGAAUGCAAGCGCCGGUUUAAUGUGAAAAUAUGGAAGUCCUUUACUGAUUGUUUCAAUUGUCUUCCUGUGGCCGCACUCAUUGAUGACAGAAUAUUGUGCAUGCAUGGUGGCCUUUCCCCUGAUCUUACAAACUUGGAUCUGAUUAGAAACUUACCCCGUCCUACUCCUGUUCCUGACACUGGUUUACUGUGUGAUUUACUCUGGUCGGAUCCUGGUAGAGAUGUCAAGGGAUGGGGAAUGAAUGAUAGAGGAGUUUCAUUUACAUUUGGCCCUGAUAGGGUGUCCGAGUUCUUAACAAAGCAUGAUUUGGAUCUUAUUUGUCGCGCCCAUCAGGUUGUAGAGGAUGGUUACGAAUUCUUUGCUGAGAGGCAGCUUGUAACCAUAUUCUCAGCCCCCAACUACUGUGGUGAAUUCGACAAUGCUGGGGCAAUGAUGAGUGUUGAUGAAAAUUUGAUGUGCUCAUUUCAAAUUCUCAAGCCAGCAGAGAAAAAAACCAAGUUCAUGAUGUCCGCAAAAACGUGACCAAAAGCUGAGACCCCGCUGAUUCAAUUUUCUGGAGAGAGAAGAUUUGAAGUCCAGGCUGGGGCAAACACUAUCGUUCUUGACAUGUGCCCGAAGAAUUAACGCUCACCCAUCACCCUCCCAUCUUUUUUUUUAAUUUUUUGGGUUUUUCUUUUUUCCACUGAUCUUUUACCCCUCAUUUCUAGUUCCACGAUGACUGAUCAUGUAAAUCUUGUUUUAGAUUAAUAUAGGCACAAAAAAAUGCCCCCAAUAACUUGUAGCGGACACUGUUGUUGUGCCUUGUGACUGACUCAUGUAGUAGAUCAUCCAAAUGUUCGAUGAAUUGACUGUCUUAGUCGAUGCAUGCAGUUAUAAUGAUCAGAGAC